AGGUAGACAUGGAAGCCCUUCAACCCCAAGUGGCUGAGCGGAAGCUGCGAGAGGAGACUGAGAAAUGCCGGGAGGAGGCAUUUGAUGUAGUGCACCUGCAGGGUGCCCAGGUGGCCCAGAUACUGGAGGUCAAGAAGCAAGAACAGGCAUGGGGGCUUUGCCAGGCCCUGGAGGCCACCUGGGCCCAGCAGCAGGCCCAGGAUCAGGCUGCAGAGCUGGAGGAUCAGGGCCCCCCUGGCCCUGCCAGCCUUCAGUGCUUCAAGGGUGAGGACCCAGAGGUGGUAGUGCGGCGCCAGGAGCAACAGAAUGAGCAGCACCGGGUGCUGGACCAGCAGCGUGAGACCCAGAACCAGGCCCAGGCCGAGAGGGACUCCAUCAGUGAUUGGUAGGAACUAGAUGCCUAGGUUCUCUGGGAAGGGAGAGUGUUGUUGGUGGGCUUGAACAAUGGGAGCCUGGACCUCUGGGUUCUGUAGUGGUGGGGGAUUGGAAUGGGAGGUAAGCUUGGAGUCUACAUGCCGAGGUUCCAUUGGGGCUCGGAGCCUGGGCACCUGGGUUCUCUGGGAGGGAAGUGGGGGCUUUGAGCCCAGACUCCUCAGUUCUCUGAGAGGGGAAUGGGGCUUAGGGGGGUAAAAGCAAGAAGGGCUGGGAGCCUGGAUACCCGAGUUCUCUCCCAGUAAUGCCCUCCCCCCCUCAACCACCCCCGCCAGAGGCACUGGAGCAGCAGCAACAGGUGGUGCUAGGGCUGCGAGCACUGGAACUGGAGGAGCUGGAAAAUGUGUGUCAGUGCGCCUAGGCCCAGGCCACUGCCACCUACAACCAGGCACCGGUACAAAUGCCAGGGCACUAUGGGACCUGUUCCUCCCCCCACCCCCCAUGGCAAGGGUUUCAUAGAUUCAUAGAUUGUAGGAGUUGGAAAGGACCACAAUGGAUCAUCGUGUCUGA